AGUCUCUGGGAGAUAGACGUCUGGGAAUUAAAAAUUGGUCCCAGGCAAGCAGAAGUCAGCUGUUGCGCGUUGUAGCCCUGUUAUGGCCCUGUUGCCCAUCGAAAUGACCUUCGGCCUGGCGCUCAGCUUCACCCCCACUUGGCGAAUCGUCCCCCGCUCGCUCCCCUUCACACCUUUUAUCAUCACGAUCGCCGCGUGCGCUCGCAGCCCGUGCACCGCACUCAUCAGACGCAUCGCAUUUGUGCACGAAACGUGUUCGUAAACACCUCGCAGCCGUUAGAAUUACCUGUUAUCUUACCCUAAACAAGUGUCUCAGUGGUCAGUUCUGCUAUUUUCAAUCAUAUCUCACAGUGUUACUACACAAGGAAUGCGUGGGCAUCAACAUUAAAACAAUAACGAUUCAUGUUGAUGUUUAAUACACAGUGUGAUUCGCUGAUAUCGAUUGGCGGCCGAGAUGCGUUUUAAAAGUGGAACGAGCGGGGAAUACCUGCGUGCGGCAGGAAUUUCAAGGACGCGCUGAAAUGCACGAAGCGCCGGCGAAAUCCGGGACGCGCAUCGGCGUAGAAAUGAUUUGAAACGCGCCGGGGCGCGAGAGCGGAAAAAUGCCGCCGCGCUGCGUUGUCCACGUUUUCGUCCAGCAUCCCUUCGCGCUGCUCGUCACCAUCGCACUGUUGAGCAUUGUCAGCAUCGUCAUUCCUUUUCAGAAUGGUACAUUCCCGAGCUUUACUGAUCCAACAAUGGGUUUUGAAACUCGGGGAACUCCAAUUGCGGAGCGCGUAAUCGCCUGGAAAAAUUUCUACGAAGCCAUCCAACCCUCCGGCGAAUUAACAGGCAAUCCUCAUGAAUACCUAACAUUCAUGAACCAAACAGCCUUGUUGAUGGGCAACGAAAGCGUGCAAUUGUACGCUGACAUCUAUCGAAAAACAGACGCCAUCUUAAAUCGUAAGCGUCGUCCAGGACGUAAACACGGGAAGAGAAAAAAAGUUUCUGCGCAAAUUCACGGUAAGGUGGUUACGAAAGCGGACAAUAAAACAGACAAAUCGCAUGCGAAGUGGAUCGAAUUGAAUAAAUUUAUCAGCAACAUCUCCAACGACAAGUAUAUGCGCAUGGAAAGGGAGAAUUUUUUCUGUGGACCUCCAGAUGACAAUUACGUUCAGUUCGUGUUAAAAUCAACUGAAAAUCAAAAUAUUUUCAAUCUAAAAUCACUUUUAAGUGUGUGUCAGAUUGAAAAACAACUGUUGGGUGUUGAAUUGUACACACGGCUUUGUUUGGACAGCGAAAAAUUCUCAAAUUGCUGUCGUCCUUGGUCUCUGCCUAACUACAUUGCGUUAUUAAACGGACGUUCCAAUUGUUUGGAUUUAACGCCGGAUGAUGUGAACGGAACUCUUCACCUAUUGAAAAAGUGCGCCACCUAUUAUCAUCGUGACUUAUUAGAAUCAACGUGUUACGAUGCAAGUGAAUGCAUGUCUGUCCCGAUCGAAUGUCGCCAGUACGACGCCGUACGCACAAUUUUACACUUUUUAACAAACUCGGCGUUCACGUCCAAAACUGCGACAGACAACACGACUGAACUCAUCGAGACAAUGCUAUUCCUACCUAUGGCGAGGAGUAUCGCCACCUUACCAUUUUACACCGCCAUUGCAGAUAUGCCCUUAACUUUUGAGGGCAUCUCAGUGGUCGCAAUGGAAUUCGGUGCGAAAAAUGAACUCUUUGAUGAAAUGCUCAUUAAAGACAUGCGGUUGAUGAUCCUUGGCGGAGUUUUUGUCAUAAUAUGCAUGUGGAUCUACACCGGGUCGAUUUUUCUUACUGUUAUGACAGUGGUGGCCAUCUUGUUCUCGCUCGCCAUCUCGUACUUUCUUUACAUCUACGUUUAUGGCUUGGAGUUUUUUCCAUUUAUGAAUCUGCUCGCUGUGGUUGUGAUUAUCGGUAUUGGCGCUGACGAUGCGUUCAUUUUUUGCAAAAUGUGGCACACCAUGAAAGCAAAUAGCGCUAACAAUUCCACCCUCUCUCAGACAAUGAAUAGCACACUCUAUCACGCUUUGAUUUCCAUGUUUGUCACCUCCAUCACCACCGCUAUCGCUUUUCUAGCUUCAUAUUUAAGUUCAAUCACCGCGAUACGAUGUUUUGGAAUAUUUGCUGGCACAGCAAUCAUGAUGAAUUAUUUAUUGAUAGUGUCAUGGCUGCCGGCAAGUGUGAUUGUCUGGGAGAAAUACACCAUACUCAAGUGUGGUUUUCUAAAAUGUGAAGAACGAUUUACAUUUGUGACAAACGCGUUUUCUAUAGAAGAAAACACAAAACGAUGCCAAACUAUUAUAGUGGACAUCAUCAUCCAAUUCAAACAUACCUUGGCUGUCAUCUUCACUUUGAUCGCAAUACUUGCAGCUGUUGUGGUGUUCUACUACCCGAAGCUCGAAAUUCAACGCACAAACGAAUUGCAACUUUUUGAGACAAAUCAUCUUUUUGAACAAUAUGAUCUUGUCUAUAAGAAUAACUUUGACUUUAAAGGAUCGUCCAAAUUAAAGGACCCAACAUAUCUACGCUUUCCACUAAGAUUCCUCUGGGGAAUUCUACCAAUCGAUAAUGGUAACUACCUAAACCCAAAAUACAGCGGUACUUUGGUGUACGAUGAAACAUUUAACAUCUCCACACCUGAAAGUCAAACCUGGUUGUUAAAUUUCUGCGAAGAUUUAAAAAAGCAGCCGUUUUACCAACCAACACCAGGCGCAAUGCUUACAAAUUGUUUCCUGGAGACUUUCAUCGCCUGGAUGAACCGUCCAUGCAUAGAUCCCAUCGACGAUAUCAACCGAUAUCCGUGUUGCAAUGAAACAUCUUUUCCAUUCGACGCUGAAGUUUUCGACUUGUGCAUAAUCGACGCACAGAAUGACCUCCAUCAAACGCCACCGACAUAUUUAACACCGGUAACUGCUGGAUUACGAUUCUCAAAGACUGAAGACCCGAAAAUUCUCGCGUUGGUCAUUGAAUACGACAGUAAUUAUACGUAUCUUGCGCCCUAUGAUGAAGUUGAGCAGGCAGUGACAGAAAUAGAGAGUUGGUUGAUGGAUCAAUUGGUAACAGCACCGGAGGGAAUGAAACACGCGAUAUUCGUGAGUGACUUAGAAUUUUUUGAUCUGCAACAUGCUCUGCCACAAAAUACAAUACUGGCUGUAUCGAUAUCCAUGACAUUGGCAGUGAUUGUAUUAUUUUUUGCUACGUGGAAUAUUAUGCACAGUAUUCUGGCGAUUUUUACCAUCUCCGGAAGUAUUGUUACUAUCAUGGCGGUGCUGGUUUUAUUGGGUUGGAAGUUAAACAUUCUAGAAUCGGUUGCUAUUUCUAGUACGAUUGGUUUUGCGGUUGAUUAUUGUUUGCACUACGCUGUGAACUAUAAAAUGAGUCCUAAUGUGGGGGAGAAUCGCGAGAGCGCUACUAAAAUGGCGCUUAGCCGCAUGCUUGGCCCAACUUUAAUGGGCGCGUUGACUUCUGGUGCUGCCGGCGCGUUUAUGAUUCCAUCCGAUGUAUUGGCCUAUAAACAAAUUGGUCAAUUUCUUGUCAUUGUCACUUUUGUAAGCUGGUUUUUCGCUACGUUUCAUCUCGGUGCGUUGUUAGCCAUCUGCGGGCCAGAGAAUGAACGUUUUGCGCAAACUGGCGGACGCUUGCGGAAAAUGUGGCGUGAGAAGUUUAAAAAACAUAAAACGGCACCUAGUCGCUCGAGUACAGACGCUAAUGAAUCAGAAUCAUUAGCGGUGCGUUUUGAUAAUAUUCAGUGUAAUAAAGAGUUGUCUGAGGAUGAAAAUAGACAACCUAACUCGCAAGAACGACGCAAUCAGAGUAGCGUAGACGCGGCGCUUCUUAGUCAAUCGCCAUCGAACAGUGCAAUUACUUUUAUUACCACCGACGAUAAUCAAUACUGAUCGGGUUUAGCGCACCGACAUAACUUUACACCCUCUUUGAAAGGAAAUUUGACGAUAUUGUAUGGAUUUAUUAUACAAUUGAUACAAUAUUGAAUAUUCACACUGUGAUAUAUACAUGAAACAAAUCAAUCUUAAUGCUAAUGAGAACAAUAUGUGGAAGUAGCAACUUGUUUUUUCUGAUCGUCAAAGAUACCUACGUGCAGAAAACGUUUGUACACUUGACUUUAACGUCACACACGCACGAUGUACGCGUAUACAACGGCGAAUUGUCUUCGAAUCAACAUUCCGUUGUGAUGUGAUUAUUAGAUAUGAUAUGAAGCAUAUAAUAAUGUAAUAAUUGUGAUAGAUUAAAUUAUAUAAAGAGAAACUAUAUAAUAUAUUCUAUAAUAAAUGUUAUGAAAGUGUGAUUCAUAUAUCAUUUCUAAGCACAUUACACUGGAAUCGCAAUUUGGAUUCAUUAAAAUGAUUUUGUGAUCACAGAGAGAAGUCACAAACCAUAAUAAUUUAAUGUAACCUUGCAGGAUAGAUGUACUUGCAUCAGAUUGAUUCUUCAUACCAAAUUGAACAUCGGAGAAGAUCCACACUUGCCUCAAAUUCGGGCGAACGCCUUGUCGUAGGACAAUCGUUCUUUCACCAAAUUCGGGCGAACGCCAUGUCGUAGGACAACCGUUCUUUCACCAAAUUAUAAACAACGUUGGUGCCCAGAAGAAGUUUGUGAGUGCCCGAUCCAUGGAGUUUGCAAUACCUAUAGCGGAAGUGUUGGAGAUGCGCGUACUUUAAGGCAAGUCUUUACUGCUACGGGAAUUGAUAGUCGUAAAUUGUUUUCUUGCCUAAAAACUAUGUAUGUAUUUUUAAAAGUCAUUAAUAAAACACUUAUUACAUUUAUAA